AUGUCAAGAAGAAAAUUAGAAGCUGUUGGAGAUACAGUAGAACCAUUUCAUUUUAUUUUACAUCCAAAAGAUGAACAAAGUUUAACUCGUGAAAACCAAAAUAAAGGAAAAGAAUUAUAUUCACUUUUAGUUCACCAUGAAAUUAUUCAAGGAGAUACAAUAAGAAAAAGAUUUCGAAAUAAUUCACAAGAACGAGAUAAAAUAGAAAAGAUAAUUCGAAAUGAUCUUGAUCCUUCGAUUGCCCAUCCAUUAAUUACUUUAUUAAAUAGUAAAUCUUCUUUUGAAAGAAAAGAUUUCGAAGAUUUUGUUUGUUAUAGGGAAGAAUUAUGGAAAAUUUUAAAUAUAAAUAGAAUAGAAAAAGAAUUACCACGGAUAUAUGAAAAUGUUUGGAAAGUUUUAGAAGAUAAAAUAGAUCCACAACAAUCUGGUGGACUUGCUAAAUAUAAAUAUGGAGAUAUUAAAAGAAAUAUUGAAAGAAUUUUAAAUAAAAUUUUAAAAAAUAUUCAAUUUGAAAAUGAUAAAGACUUAAUUUUGUCGAAAAUUUUGUCUUUACAAGGAGAUAUUCGUUCAUUUAAAACAGGUUUAAAAGCUAAUUUAAAAGAUUUUAUAGAUCUUCAAGAUCAAGAAAAUGUUCCAAGUGAAUUAAGAUUUUUUGAAGGUUUUAAUCUUAAUAAAUUUUUGAUUAUUGAAGAAGAUAAAUCUUGGUGGGAUUGGAAUGCUUUUGCGGUUGCAAUGAUAGGACUUGUUCAAGUCAUUGCCGAAGCUGUUUUAGUAGCCUUUGGUUUGACUCAGAUAGGCAAUGCUUUAAUAUCAGGUACUUUUAGUUGGAAAGAAUGGGCAAUACAAAAAGCAAUUGGCUUCGGUCUCUCUAUGUUGACUGUUGGAAUUGGAAAGUUUUUGACGGAUAAAAUUAUGGAACAGAUUCAAGAAAAUGUUAUACAAAAGAUUGUUAGUAAAAUAGAAGAAAAUUUAUUAAAAGGAAUAAUCGGUUUAAUAAAUAAUAAAGUAGAAACCUCUUUAUCUUCAAAGAUGGUUCUAGAAAAAGAAAUAAAAUAUAAAUUAAUACCUGAAGCUAUGAAAAAAUUAAGGAAUGAAAAUGAUAAACUAGUGGUAAUUAUGUCUCAUCCAUUUAAGGCGGGUACAAUAAAGCAAACAGAUAAUGUACGCUUAGAUGAUCAGAAUUUUACUGGAAAUAGUGACUAUGUUAAUUUUCAAGUGCAAAUAGGUGGACAGAGAUAUGAACAUCAACGUAGGGGUAAUGAAUCUACAACUGUCGCACAUGUCUUAGUGUCAAGACCACCAAAAGAUUCUGAUGCUGUUUAUCAUUACAGCUCAAGAAAAAUUGCUAAGACCCUUCUUGAUAGUUUAAAUAAUGACAAAACAGUAAAAUUACUUGCAGAAAAUCUUUAA